AUGAACGAAUAUUCGGUUUUAAGAGAACACAUACCAAUUUUAAAUUUAAACUCUUAUUGUAUUAACGAAAUAUUUCUAAAAAUUAAAAAAAACUGUGCUUCCAGUAAUAUCGAGGACGACCUAUUAAAGUACAGCGAUCUUAUUAACUUUGCAAUCAGCUGCGAGAAAUUUACUAAUGCUUUUAGGGAAUGGAGUCCAGAUCUUUAUAAGAAACUUUGUAUCGAGAACACAUUUUUAAGUAUAUCUCCGGGAAUAGAGAUCGAUUUGUCACAUGUUUAUGCCCAUAUGCAUAGCUUGUCAAUUAAUGAAAAUAAGUUAUUCUGGAGUCGUUUUGUACAUCAGAUAAAGGAAAACGAAAAAUUAGAAUCAGUGAAAUUAACCUAUGAACCAACUCGGUUCUACCCCGAACAUUUUGACAAAUUCCAAGAUAUAAUAAAAUGCCUAAAAAACAAGGAUAAGCUGCGUGAGCUCUCUGUUAAAUUAAAAGCAUAUACCUUUGACCCCGUGCCGCAGAUCAAUAAUCUGGAAAUCCUCCAUAUAGAUGCCCGAAUAGAUGCCCAUAUCCUAGUGCAGUUGUGCGCUUUAAAUCCAAACUUGCAACGACUCACGUUGAGCGAAGUAUGUGGCAGAUUGUCCUAUAUAGUGCCACAUUGCAACCGACUGGUUCACCUUACCCUCGCGAUGAAACAAGGAGUAGAUGCCGCGGAGUACGAAACUCUUGCCAAACUGCCGAGACUCAAUGAAUUAAUCCUCCUUGGCGAGCAUCAGGAGGGAUCGCUGCUGAAGCUGUUCAAUGGCUUAAAAGGAAAUAGGAUCCAAAGGAUUUGCAUACCAGAAACCUAUGUGAGUGACGAAGAGGCUAUAGCGCUGGCAUCCAUCACCUGGUUGGUUUCCCUCAAGUGCUGUUUGCGAAAUAAUUCGAUAUAUGCUGACCUACCACUUACUGGAAAUCUCAUAGAUAUUCGUACAUUGGGUCAUCCUAAGCCAUAUGAUCCAGAAUUGGAAAAUGAGAAAGAGGAAGGACGUAUAAAAUUGACUUAUCGGGCAAAUCCACUUUUAAACCAAAUACCUGAUGCGUUUUAUCAAUCAAUGCAAUCCAAGGACCCGAAUCUAAUGUUUCAGGCAAUCAAUCAAGAUUUCGCCAAUUGUUCUCGUCUUCGCUGCGAAUGUUCGUAUAAUACCAGAAUUUUGCGUAAUAUAAUGCAACUAGCGUCAGCAUCUUCACUGUGUUUCAUCGUGGAGGUAGUCCUCUAUAAAAAAGAUCCACUUUCUGAAGAGGAAACUACGAUUAUGGCUUCCAUACCGACGUUGACCACCAUCCGAUGUUCCUUCGCUCAAAUAAAACAGAUGAUCGCGGUGAAAAUUCAGCAGCUGGAGACAAUUACUGAAACUAAAAAUCGAGUGGAUCGAAUCCGAACAAAAUAUUGCGAGAUUCGCUUGGUCCAUGGCCACGAAUCCAUAACUCUCAUCCUGGACUUUUUCGGAAUAUUUUAUGCGAAAUUUCCGAAUUUAUUCGCCCCUCUUGCCAAUAUAAAAAAUAUUAAACGACUUGUGAUAAAGGAAAAACUUAAAGGCGGCUCACUAGUACCGCUUUUCAAAGGUUUCACUUCCUUGGAAACUCAUACUCUGCAAGAAUUGCAAGCUGUAUUUCUUGACCCUGAAGAACUCGAAGAGAUGGUAAAGAUCAGGAGCUUAAGGACGCUUAAAAGCGGUUUCUAUUGUUCCAAAAAUAUGGAAAAACUGGCCGAGCUAAAUCACCUCGAGACGCUACACCUCACUGUUCAUCCACAGGGAUCUCUAGAAGAAUUGUUUAAGCUCCUUGCCUCAAAGAAGAUUCAAGUGCUUAAAAGUCUCAUUAUUGAAAGGACGAAUCUUACUUCCCAAGAGGUAUUAGAGCUUGCUGGCUUAAGAUCCUUGGAGAAUCUUCAGUUUGGUUUGCCGGAUAAAAAAGUUUGGGAACAGUCCUCAGUCAAUAAAACACACAUAAACGUUAGAUAUUGUCAAAAGUGUCGAUUGCCCCCUAGUUCAUCCAUUCAUGUGGAGCAUCAAACUUAUGUUCAUACUUUGUCUUCUGUACCAGAUUUAGAGGCCUCAACUGCUCAAUUUAAUUUUAUUACACAAUUGUACGGCAAUUUAACACCGAUAAACAUGGCGCUUUUGGCCGAUUUACCGAAGAUACGGGAACUGAGUAUUUAUUCCGAUUACAAGCCCCAAACUGUGGAGAACCUAUUGAGGACUAUUGCCAUGCAGGACCCGAAGAGAUUAAGAAAACUCUCAUUUGCAUCGCAAAAUUUCAGGUUGAUAUCCCUUUUUGAAGAAUUACAAUCCCUCGAAUGCGUCGUCUACCACACGAAAGAUAUUGAGUUUACAACACAUCUCAGAAAUCUCACCGAGUUGCAGAUUAAUAAUGCCUUGGGAAUUUUCUUAUGGGAACUCCUCAAGGAACUCAAGGUUUUAUUGAAUCUUCGGUGCUUGCAUUUGGAUAAUACGGAACUGGAAUUUCUAGAAGUAGUAGAAGUAACGAAAAUAAAUUGGUUGACACGUUUAAGACUUGGGCUUAGCGAUAAAAAGUUUAUCUUUAUGCUAAUCCAAUUGAAGAAUUUGGAAGUUCUGGAAAUUUCAUCAACUCAUUACGCAGCAAAAGAUGAUGUCAACUUUAUUUAUUCAUUUCUUGUAGUAUGCAAAAAUAUUCGAUCAAUAUCUCUUUAUCGGUAUUAUGACUUUCUAAGUAAAGAUUAUGUCAAUGGAAUCAUGAACCAUAUAAAGCUUUUUAGGGAUCCUUACAAGCACCCACCAUUCAAAUUGCGAGGAGUGUGGAGUGAUUUUAAAAGACUAAGCCAGGUGAGCUUUACAAUUUCCCGAUAUUGUUUUUCCUAA